GUCAAAUAAGCCACGGAAGCAGCUGUCUACUAGCCACAAAGUGACGUUGGAUACUUACCCGCAACUCUCUACACCCCAAGCUCAUUGACUUACAUCGUAAUCCAUCGCUUCCUACAGCAACCUUCCGGUCUAGAAUCAUCCUAUCUUAUCAUUCUCAUAUAAAAGAUCCCCAGAAUAAGCAAAUCUAUUUCUAGAAUGAGUGGCACUCCUCCAAACUACUAUAAGAUCCUCGAGGUCUCCGAGUCGGCCACGACGCAACAGAUUCGCGAUGCCUACAAGCGAGCAGCUCUGAAAACACACCCUGACCGCGUCCCCACCGACUCCCCCGAGCGCGAACGGCGCACCCGCAAAUUCCAACUCGUAAACGAUGCCUACUACACCCUCUCCGACCCUGCCCGGAGACGAGAAUACGACGCCCAGCGCAAGAUGUACGGCUUCACGGGCGGUAACAACAGAAAAUCCGCCGGCGGCGGCGCAAGCUACUCAGACCCCUUCGACGACGCCGACAUCGACGAGGAAGUGCCCCUCGGUGGGGCCGCAGGCGCAGGAGCCGGUGCGCAAUCUUUCCCUUCGUGGGCUUGGAAUUUCUUCAUGGGCACCAAGGACCCGAAGAACACGCAGCAGGCACGGCAAGAAACCGAACAGGAACAGUUCAGCGACGUGUUUGAGGAGAUGCUGCGGGAGCAAGGGCUGGCUGGGGAGAACAACAAGCCUACGGGGAGGUUCUGGGGUGUGGCGGGUGCGGCGUCGGGGGGGGUGCUCGGGUUCAUAUUGGCGAAUUUCCCAGGGCUGAUGGCGGGUGCCGUGGCGGGGAAUAGAUUGGGAGCGAUCAGGGAUGCGAAGGGUAAGAGCGUUUACGAGGUUUUUCAGGCGCUGCCACAAGCGGAGAGGGCGACGCUGUUAACGCAGUUGGCGGCGAAGGUGUUUAGUCAUACUGUAGGGGCAUGAGAGCGUUGCUAGGUAAGUAGGGAAGCUACACAUGCACCGGCUGGAUCAUGACAAACGCCGAGACAUUUUUCACCAUACAAGGACUUUGGACCUUAGAGAAAACGCCAGUGGUGCUGGUGAGUGAACGCCGAUGUAUGUGUGUUAAGCAGGGACAGGAUGGGAGGGUUAUCAUCGAGCAUACGAAAGCAGCAAGUCGCUCGAGGAUCACUUGAACCUGAAGCACGGAAUAAGUUUAUGGGAAGCGCUCGCAAAACAUGGCAAAGGUCUUGAAUUGAGCUACGCAGAUUCUGGCAAACCCGACGUUGAUUCUUCUUCCUUCUGUUCAUAGUCACGCAGCCUCGUAUAGCAACUGGUGUCAGUUCCCAGCAUCAUCUCCGGAACAUGUCCUGUACCAAGAGCCACGAAGCUUCCGAAUUGUCACGCUAAUACACUAAUAAGCCAGCGUUGCUCAAGUAGUAUUCGCGUACCACUGAAAUCCCAACCAAAAAGGCCGAGAAAAC